CCGGUAGUAAAGGUGGUACUGUGACUAAAAACAUUAGCUUCAAAUCUCUCUCUGCUCUCAAAACCCUAACUCUCAAAUUCUCCGGCGCCAUCUUCCUCCACCCUCAAUUCCAGCCAUGGCUUCCCACACUCCCAAUCUGGAGUGCCGUAUGUACGAAGCCCGCUACCCGGAGGUGGACAUGGCCGUCAUGAUCCAGGUCAAGAACAUCGCCGACAUGGGCGCGUACGUCUCACUCCUCGAGUACAACAACAUCGAGGGCAUGAUUCUCUUCUCGGAGCUCUCCCGCCGUCGGAUUCGGAGCGUCAGCAGCCUCAUCAAGGUCGGCCGCAUCGAGCCGGUCAUGGUUCUCAGGGUCGACAAGGAGAAGGGCUACAUCGAUUUGAGCAAGCGUAGGGUUUCUGAGGAGGAUAUUGCUGCCUGUGAGGAGAGGUACAACAAGAGCAAGCUCGUCCACUCCAUCAUGCGACAUGUCGCUGAGACUCUCGGCAUCGAUUUGGAGGAGUUGUACGUCAAUAUUGGCUGGCCUUUGUACCGGAAGUAUGGUCAUGCUUUUGAGGCUUUCAAAGUAAUCGUCACUGAUCCUGAUACAGUUCUGAAUGCCCUUACAUGCGAGGUGAAAGUGACUGGCCCUGAUGGACAGGAGGUUACUAAGGUUGUCCCUGCUGUGUCAGAGGAUGUGAAAGACUCUCUGGUAAAGAACAUCAAGAGAAGAAUGACACCACAACCAUUGAAGAUCCGUGCUGAUAUUGAAAUGAAGUGUUUCCAGUUUGAUGGUGUUCUUCACAUUAAGGAUGCCAUGCGGAAGGCAGAAGCUGCAGGCAACAAUGACUGUCCUGUGAAGAUUAAGCUGGUUGCUCCUCCUCUGUAUGUUCUUACCACACAGACUCUUGAUAAGGAACAAGGUAUCACAGUUCUAGGCAAUGCAGUUGUAGCCUGCACAAAAGCAAUAGAGCAUCACAAGGGGAAACUGUUGGUGAAGGAAACACCUAGAGUGGUGAGUGAAAAGGAAGAUAAAUUGCUGCAAGAGCACAUGAGUAAGCUCCGCCAAGAGAAUGAGGAGAUUGACGGUGACAGCAGUGAAGAGGAAGAAGACACUGGAAUGGGAGAAGUUGAGGUGGAGAACGCAGGCCAGGCAUUGUAGAUUGAAAAAGUUGUGGGCAUAGAUAACGUCUUAACCAAUUUUCUCAAGCAAGUCUAUUUUUGAUAAUUUCCCUCAAUAGUCGUGUAAAACACCGAUUUCAAAGUAUUGUAUGAUGGAGGUAUUUCGCCUGUUUACCAGUUUAGGAGAGUUUUUUGUGAAAGAUUACAACACACCUUAUCACUUCAAAAUUCAUGGAGAAACUUUUCGUGUC